CCGAUGUUUUGGGUGACGGGAAUAUAGGGGAUAUGCCCCUGGCUUCAGCAUACCCCUCGCCCAUUCAGAUUGUCACACAUUUUGUCCACACUUUUCCCUCAGUUCCAUCAGACACCAUCAUCACAUGCACUUAGCCUAUACGACGGAUCAGACGUGUUUCUGUCACCAAAAAACCCAUCUGUUUCGCUUCUUCCAUUCACGCGUAACCCAUUGAAAAAUCACCGAAGAUUUUUCUCAAAACAGUUCCGGAAAUUUUUAAAAUUUAGACCACAUGAAAAAAAUCAGCUAAAGAACGUGAGUGAAGUGCCAGAGAGAAAUGCAGUGAAAAACACAUGGAUUAAGUGACAAAAAUUGUAAAAUGCCAUCAAAAAAGUGAAAAUAUUUCAUCCAGGAAUUUUUUUUACAUGAAUUCUACUGUGUAAAUUCUGUGACUCUUCAUUCAGUUGUAAAACUCUGUGUAAAUCAAUAAGGAUUAAAAAUGAGAUGAAAGCAACAAUGGAUACAGUGAGUUGCUGACUGAGGUGUUGCAUUUAUGAGGAAAAUUCUUAAUUAUUGACUGCUAAACAAGAAAGGAUUAUGUUGGAAUUUUACCCCAAUCCGAAUUCAGCGGGAAUCAUGCAAAAUCAUGAACCUAUCUCCAAUUCCCUCGAUUGCAAUGGACGAACAGAAGUCGGCAUCAAAUGCGAGAAAAACUACGAAAUCUGUGAGGGAUGUGGCCAGAAAAUUCACGACAGAUACCUUAUGAGAGUUGCAGAUGCGAGUUGGCACGAACACUGCCUAGCCUGUUGUGUCUGUGGUGUACCUCUCAAUCAUUCCUGCUAUUCCAGAAACACAAAACUCUAUUGCAAGGCAGAUUAUGAUAGAAUCUUCAGCGUAAAAUGUUCUAGAUGUAGUGAACGUGUCCUGCCACAUGAUAUGGUGAUGCGGGUCCAGAACUAUGUUUAUCACCUGUCCUGUUUCAUCUGUGGCAUCUGUUGUCGGCAGCUUGAAAAAGGGGAGCACUACUUCGUGCGUGCUGGACAAUUAUUCUGUCGCUUGGAUUACGAGAAAGACUUUUAUAUGUCACCGCAUGACGACGACAUGCUCCUGGAUGACUCUGUGCGUCCUCGAGAUGGAAGAAGAGGUCCUAAGCGACCACGGACGAUUCUUACGUCUGCACAGAGGCGUCAAUUUAAGGCCUCGUUUGAGGUCUCCCCUAAACCCUGUCGUAAGGUCCGUGAGGCCCUAGCUAAGGAUACUGGCCUAUCUGUACGAGUAGUUCAGGUGUGGUUCCAAAAUCAGAGAGCAAAAAUGAAAAAGAUUCAACGAAAAGCGAAACAAGACGGAGAUAAGAAGGAUGACGCUGUAAAGGAGGAGAAGGGCAUUAAGCAAGAAUCACCAAAUAGCGAUCACGGUCACUAUAUCGGCAUGGAUAGUUCAUUCGGUUCUGCCAGUCAACCUCUGAAUCCUAAUAUUCCUUAUUCUCCGGAUGAUUAUCCUGGAAAUUCCGGGGACAGUUUCUGCAGCUCAGAUGUAUCUCUGGACGGCAGCAGCUUCGAUCAUUUAGACGAAGGUACAUCCGACACGCUAUCCCUGCAAAAUCUAGACCUUCAGACGGGCCAUGGUCAGAGUGGAGGCCAUGAGAGUUUAGUGUCCCUCACAGCGGGCGUGAUAAACCCCAUCGAUAAGCUGUAUCUCAUGCAAAACUCCUACUUCAGCUCCGACCAAUGAGACACAGAGUAAAGCAAGAACGGGGAAAAUUUACUACUUUUAUAAGAAAAAAAAACAGAAGCUUUUCACCUUUCCCUGAAAUCUUGGACAGACUUGGAUGGACUGCAGUCACCUUGUUACUAAUAGGGCAUAUAAUUUCCCCCUCCGGAGAAGCAAAAAUAUCUCAAGAAUAAGUGUAUUUAAUUGAAAUAAUUGUGAUGAUACCUAGUCAUUAUAGAGAACUGCAAAGCUCUCUCUCAACCAGGGAGAGAUUUGUGUAAUUUUCGCAGCAGAUUUAAUUUUAUGUAACGAAAUCAAAUAAAAAAUCAUUUGGAGUAUGUUGAGAAAAGCAAUUGAAAUUGUAAUAUAUAUUCUAGAAGAUGAAUUAUAUAUGUAUAAAAAUGCCAGA